CUGAAGUUCUUGGAGAAGGGAGUCCAACUCUUCAAGGUGAACUAUGACCACUUUACUUUUGGUGUUAGUGACUCUGAGGGUCAUCACCGCGGCCAUCUCAGUAGAAGUUUCAGACCAUGACAACUCGCUGAGUGUGAGCAUCCCCCAGCCUUCCCCACUGCGGGUCCUGCUCGGGAGCUCCGUCACCAUCCCCUGCUAUUUCAUCGACCCCACGCACCCCGUGACCACCGCCCCCACCACCGCCCCCCUUGCCCCGAGAAUCAAGUGGAGCCGCAUCUCCAAGGACAAGGAGGUGGUGCUGCUGGUGGCCACCGAAGGGCGCGUGCGCAUCAACAAUGCCUACGAAGAAAAGGUCUCGCUGCCCAACUACCCAGCCAUCCCCAGCGACGCCACCUUGGAAAUCCAGAACCUGCGCUCCAAUGACUCUGGGAUCUAUCGCUGCGAAGUGAUGCACGGCAUCGAGGACAGCCAGGCCACUCUGGAGGUUGUGGUGAAAGGCAUCGUGUUCCAUUACAGAGCCAUCUCCACACGCUACACCCUGGACUUUGACCGGGCGCAGCGGGCCUGCCUGCAGAACAGUGCCAUCAUCGCCACACCUGAGCAGCUGCAGGCCGCCUAUGAGGACGGCUUCCACCAGUGCGAUGCCGGCUGGCUGGCCGACCAGACUGUGAGGUACCCCAUCCACACUCCCCGGGAAGGCUGUUACGGUGACAAGGAUGAGUUUCCCGGCGUGAGGACCUACGGCAUCCGUGACACAAAUGAGACCUACGACGUGUACUGCUUUGCCGAGGAAAUGGAGGGCAAGGUCUUCUACGCCACGUCCCCUGAGAAGUUCACCUUCCAGGAGGCGGCCAGCGAGUGCCGGCGGCUGGGUGCCCGGCUGGCCACCACGGGCCAGCUCUACCUGGCCUGGCAGGGCGGCAUGGACAUGUGCAGCGCCGGCUGGCUGGCUGACCGCAGCGUGCGCUACCCCAUCUCCAAGGCCCGGCCCAACUGCGGGGGCAACCUCCUGGGCGUGAGGACUGUCUACCUGCACGCCAACCAGACGGGCUACCCGGACCCUUCGUCCCGCUACGACGCCAUCUGCUACACAGGUGAAGACUUUGUGGACAUCCCAGAAGACUUCUUUGGGGUGGGUGGCGAGGACAACAUCACCGUGCAGACGGUGACCUGGCCUGACGUGGAGCUGCCCCUGCCCCGAAACAUCACCGAGGGUGAAGCCCGGGGCAGCGUCAUCCUCACCGUAAAGCCCAUCUUGGACGUCUCCCCAACCGCCCUGGAGCCCGAGGAGCCCUUCACCUUUGUCCCUGACCUAGAGGCCACCACCUCCCCCGAGGCGGAGAGCAGGACUGGAGAGACCACCAGGCCCUGGGGCUUUCCCGAGGAAUUCACAUCUGGCCUGGGGCCUGCCACAGCCUUCACCAGCGAGGACCUGGUGGUGCAUGUGACCAUUGCUCCAGGGGCCACCGAGGUCCCCGGGCAGCCCCGCCCACUGGGGGGAGUGGUGUUCCACUAUCGCCCGGGGCCCACGCGCUACUCGCUGACCUUCGAGGAGGCGCAGCAGGCCUGCCUGCGCACCGGGGCCGUCAUUGCCUCGCCGGAGCAGCUCCAGGCUGCCUAUGAAGCCAGCUACGAGCAGUGUGACGCCGGCUGGCUGCAGGACCAGACUGUCAGAUACCCCAUUGUGAGCCCACGGACCCCAUGUGUGGGUGACAAGGACAGCAGCCCAGGAGUCAGGACAUACGGCGUGCGCCCCUCAUCAGAAACCUACGAUGUCUACUGCUAUGUGGACAGGCUUGAAGGGGAGGUGUUCUUCGCCACGCGCCUCGAGCAGUUCACCUUCCAGGAAGCCCAGGAGUUCUGUGAAUCCCAGAACGCCACGCUGGCCUCCACGGGCCAGCUUUACGCUGCCUGGAGCCGUGGCCUGGACAAGUGCUAUGCUGGCUGGCUGGCGGACGGCACUCUUCGCUACCCCAUCGUCACCCCGCGGCCCGCCUGCGGUGGAGACAGGCCCGGUGUGAGGACCAUCUACCUCUACCCCAACCAGACUGGCCUCCUCGACCCGCUGUCCCGGCACCACGCCUUCUGCUUCCGAGGUGUUUCAGCGGAGCCCUCUCCGGGAGAAGAGGAGGGCAGCGCAGUCACACUACCCCCUGAUGUGGAAGACUGGAUCAUCACCCAGGUGGGGCCUGGAGUGGCCGCCGGUCCCUUGGGGGAAGUGACGACCGCACUCCCUGACUUCACCACUGAGCCGGAAAACCAGACGGAGUGGGAACCAGCCUACACCCCAGUGGGCACUUCCCCACCACGAGGAAUCCCUCCCACGUGGCCUCCCACUGGUGCAGCAACAGAAGAAAGUACAGAAGGCCCUUCUGCAACUGGAGUGCCCUCAGCCUUGGAGGAGCCGUCACCGUCGGAGGAGCCGUCCCCAUCGGAGGAGCUGUCUCCCUCGGAGAGGCCAUCCCCGUCAGAAGAGCCGUCACCGUCGGAGAGGCCAUCCCCAUCAGAGGAGCCGUCCCCGUCGGAGGCACCGUCCCCAUCGGAGAAGCCGUCCCCGUCAGAGGAGCCGUCCCCGUCGGAGGAGCCAUCACCGUCGGAGGAGCUGUCACCGUCGGAGACACCGUCCCCAUCGGAGAGGCCAUCCCCGUCAGAGGAGCCAUACCCCUCGGAGGAGCCAUACAUACCCACAUCCUCAGUGCCCAGCUGGACUGAGUUAUUAGGCCCUGGGGAGCCAUCUGGGGCCCCUGAAGUCAGUGGUGACUUCACAGGCAGUGGAGAAGUUUCAGGAGGCCUUGCAAGUGCAAGUGGACUGCCCUCUGGAGACCUUGAUUUCAGUGGUCUGACCUCUGUGGUGGGCUCAGGCCUGCCUUCAGGAAGUGGACUGGCCUCAGGGGAUGAAGAUAGAAUUGAAUGGUCCAGCACUUCCUUUGGAGGCGAGGGCCCAGAGGGCUCUGCUUCUGAAGUAGGGGACCUCAGUGGACUUCCUUCUGGAGAAGGUCCAGAAGCCUCUGCCUCUGGAGUAUGGGACCUUGGUGGGUUGCCUUCUGGAGAAGUUCCAGAAGCCUCUGCCUCUGGAGUAGGGGACGUCAGCGGUCUUCCUUCUGGAGAAGGUCCAGAAGCCUCUGCCUCUGGAGUAGGGGACCUUGUUGAGAUUCCUUCUGGAGAAGAAGGACCAGAAGCCUCUGCGUCUGGGGUAGGGGACCUUGUUGAGAUUCCUUCUGGAGAAGAAGGACCAGAAGCCUCUGCGUCUGGGGUAGGGGACCUUGGUGGGUUGCCUUCCGGAGAAGGUCCAGAAGCCUCUGCCUCUGGAGUAGGGGACCUUGUUGAGAUUCCUUCUGGAGAAGAAAGACCAGAAGCCUCUGCUUCUGGAGUAGAGGACCUUGGUGGGUUGCCUUCUGGAGAAGGUCCAGAAGCCUCUGUCUCUGGAGUAGGGGACCUUGGUGGGUUGCCUUCUGGAGAAGAAGUUCCAGAAGCCUCUGCCUCUGGAGUAGAGGACCUUGGUGGGUUGCCUUCUGGAGAGGGUCCAGAAGCCUCUGCCUCUGGAAUAGAGGACCUCAGUGGGCUUCCUUCUGGAGAAGAAGGCCCAGAAGCCUCUGCCUCUGGAGUAGGGGACCUCAGUGGACUUCCUUCUGGAAGAGAGGAUCUAGAGACCUCUGCUUCUGCAGCUGAGGACCUCAGCAGGUUGCCUUCUGGAGAGGAAGGCUCGGUGGGUUUUGCUUCUGGAAUCUUGGACUUUGGCAGACUGCCUUCUGAAACGCUAGGAAGUGGGCAGGCUCCAGAAGCAAGUGGCCUUCCCUCUGGUGAGUAUUCUGGGGUGGAUCUUGGAAGUGGCCCAUCCUCUGGUCUGCCUGACUUUAGUGGGCUUCCAUCUGGGUUUCCAACUGUCUCCUUAGUGGAUGCCACAUUGGUGGAAGUGGUCACAGCCACUACCGCAGGUGAGCUGGAAGGAAGGGGAACUAUCGGGAUCAGUGGUGCUGGAGAAACAUCCGGGCUGCCCUUUGAUGAGUUGCAUAUUAGUGGGGGAACUAGUGGACUACCUUCAGGAACUGAACUCAGUGGGCAGGCAUCUGGGUCUCCUGACAUCAGCAGGGAAACAUCUGGACUCUUUGAUGUCAGUGGGCAGCCAUCAGGGUUUCCUGACAUCAGUGGGGAAACAUCUGGACUCUUUGAUGUCAGUGGGCAGCCAUCAGGGUUUCCUGACGCCAGUGGGGAAACAUCAGGACUCUUUGAUGUCAGUGGGAAGCCAUCAGGGUUUCCUGAAACCACCAGUGGAGAAACAUCUGGAGUGACUGAGCUUAGUGGACUGACCUCUGGACAACCAGAUGUCAGUGGAGAAGCAUCUGGAGUUCUUUUUGGCCGUGGUCAACCGUUUGGCAUAACUGACCUGAGUGGAGAAAUAUCUGGGGUCCCUGAUCUCAGUGGGCAACCGUCAGGGUUGCCAGAGUUAAGCGGGGCACCAUCUGGAAUCCCCGAUCUGGUUUCUGGUGCCAUUAGUGGCAGUGGUGAAUCUUCUGGAAUUACAUUUGUGGACACCAGUUUUGUUGAAGUGACCCCUGCAACAUUUAAAGAAGAAGAAGGCUUAGGGUCCGUGGAACUCAGUGGUCUCCCUUCCGGGGAGGCAGAUCUGUGGGGCACAUCUGGGAUGGUGGAUGUCGACUCCAGUGGGUUUCCGUCCCAAGCUCCAGAAUUCAGUGGCCUGCCCAGUGGAAUAGCUGAGGUCAGUGGAGAAUCCUCUGGAGCUGAUGUUGGGAGUGGCCUGCCCUCUGGGGCAUAUGACGGCAGUGGACGUCCAUCGGGUUUUCCCACCAUCUCUUUGGUAGACAGAACUUUGGUGGAAUCUGUAACCCAGGCCUCAACAGCCCAGGAAGCAGGAGAAGGACCUUCAGGCAUUUUGGAACUCAGUGGUGUCCAUUCCGGAGUCCCAGACAUGUCUGGAGACCAUUCUGGAUUUUUGGACCUAAGUGGGCCCCAGUCAGGGCUAGUAGAGCCCAGUGGAGAGCCACCAAGCACUCCAUAUAUUAGUGGGGACUUUUAUGGUACCACCCAUGUGAGUGGAGAAUCCUCUACAGCCAUGGGCACCAGUGGGGAGGCCUCAGGACUUCCAGAAGUUACUUUAAUCACUUCUGAUUUUGUGGAAGUUGUCACUGAACCAACUGUUUCCCAGGAACUCGGCCAAAGACCCCCUGUGACACACCCCCAGCCUUUUGAGUCCAGUGGGGAAACCUCUGCAUCUGGGGACAUUACUGCAGCUACCCCAGGGCUCCCAGAGUCUGAGGUAAAAGCAUCAUCCAUCCCAGAAUCCAGUGGUGAGACAUCUGCCUAUCCCGAGACUGAGGUGGGGGCGUCUGUUGCCCCCGAGGCAAGUGGGAACACGUCAGUGUCCCCUGAUCUGAGUGCAACCACCUCUGCCUUCCAUCACACUGACCUCGAGACAGCCCCAGGCCUGGGUGUGAGUGGCAGCACCUCUGCCUUUGAGGAGGGCCCCCGGGAGGGCUCAGCUGCACUGGAAGUGAGUGGAGAGUCAACUGCCACCUACCAUGUGGGCACAGAGGCAUCAGGCUUGCCUUCGGUCGUGCCCAUGGCUUCUGGAGACCGGACUGAAAUCAGCAGAGACCUGUCUGGUCACACCUCAGGGAUGGAGGUUGUCAUCAGCACCAGCAUCCCAGAGGCUGAUUGGGGGCAGCAGACCCAGCCUCCCGCAGAGGUGCAUCCAGAAGUCGAGUCCUCAAGUCCCUUGCACGCAGAAGAGACCCAAUCGGGUGAAACAGCCACCUCUCCAACAGAUGCGUCCAUCCCAGCUUCUCCAGAAGGGACAGGUGAAUUAGCGUCAAGUGUUGCAGCCCCCGCCAAGUCCUGUGCCGAGGAGCCCUGUGGCGCCGGGACCUGCCAGGAGACGGAGGGCCGCGUCCUGUGCCUGUGCCCCACUGGCUACACUGGCGAGCGCUGUAACAUAGACAUUGAUGAGUGCCUCUCAAGCCCUUGUCUGAAUGGAGCCACCUGCCUGGAUGCCCUCGACUCUUUCACAUGCUUAUGCCUUCCCAGCUACGGAGGGGACCUGUGUGAGAUCGACCAGGAGCUGUGCGAGGAGGGCUGGGCCAAGUUCCAGGGCCACUGUUACCGCCACUUCCCCGACCGCAAGACCUGGGUGGACGCCGAGAGCCGCUGCCGGGAGCACCAGUCACACCUGAGCAGCAUCGUCACCCCCGAGGAGCAGGAGUUUGUCAACAACAAUGCCCAGGACUACCAGUGGAUCGGCCUGAAUGAUCGGACCAUCGAAGGUGACUUCCGCUGGUCAGACGGACACUCCUUGCAAUUUGAGAACUGGCGCCCCAACCAGCCUGACAACUUCUUUGCCACGGGAGAGGACUGUGUGGUGAUGAUCUGGCAUGAGAAGGGCGAGUGGAAUGACGUCCCCUGCAAUUACCACCUGCCCUUCACAUGUAAAAAAGGCACAGUGGCCUGCGGAGACCCCCCCGUGGUGGAGCAUGCCAGGACUUUCGGGCAGAAGAAGGACCGGUAUGAGAUCAACUCCCUGGUGCGGUACCAGUGCACGGAGGGUUUCGUCCAGCGCCACGUCCCCACCAUCCGAUGCCAGCCCAGUGGCCACUGGGAGGAGCCGCGGAUCACCUGCACAGACCCCGCCACCUACAAGCGCCGAGUACAGAAGCGGAGCUCCCGGAGAAGCCGCCCCGGCCCGGCCCGCUGAGAGGGACUCCCGGCCCGCGCCGAGGACGCUGAGCCCAGAAGCCUUGCCAAACUGACAGCGCGUCCCACACAGACGGUGUCUUCUUCUUGUCGCUUUUUUUCAUUUAAGGAAUUCCAUUAAAGAAGGAAAAAAAAUAAAUAAAUCCCACAUUGUGUAUGCACCCACCCGCCGCCCAGAUUGCCAAAACUUCAUCUGAUUUUCUCCCCCAAAUACCAAAGCCAAGCAAACGUGUGUAAACCCCGUGGACUGAGUUUAGAGACAUUUCUUCAAUCUCCUGUUGUGCCUUUCCAAGGGACCAGCGCAGGGACAGGGGGAGAAGGG